CUUCCUCAUCAAAAGCUAAGUCCGUACCUGUCCAUUGAGUUUCACGUCGUUCCUGUCUGGUCCACUCACUAAGUAGUCUUAGAGCAGGAGAAAGAGAAGAGGAAGAAGAACAUGGACUCCAGAAGACUACGACUAUUCUCCAUCCGCGUCUCAACGCGUGACCACUCGUGUUGAAGCGUCCACUCCCACGGCCGCCCCGAGCGGGGUCGCCUCUAGUGGACGAGGAUGCUGUGGAGAGGACGUGGAAUUGGAGCAGCCAUGAUGUCAACACGAGUAGCACUUGUUCUCGCCACUGCUGUUGCCACUGCGACAGCAAUUGCGGAGGGUCGCAACUUAAUUUAAGCUUAGUUUUUCACUAUCCCGUGUGCUGGACUGCGCGGCUAUUAAGUGGAGUCCUCCCUUUUAACCCGCUAGUUCGUUGAAUACUGCCCGUUGGCUCCGAGAUCAUUUGAUUGGCUGCGCAUUAGCCAAGAGUCAAAGUUAAACUGGGAUCACCCUUUCGGCGGUCUUAGCAUACAAAAAGAAUAGAAGAUAAGGCCAGGGUGGGGCACAUGAAUAAAUAAAGGAGCAAAUUAUAGGUGGGGACAAAACAAGGUGAACCCUGCUCUUAAGGAGGCAUAGUGAAAAACUCCCUUUAAAACCAGCUCGAACAGCAUGCGAGAAUGAACACUGCUCAGGAGAAGCAGGGUUUGACCUUCAAGAAAAUGAAGAAAAAGUCCUCGAAUAUGCCUGUGUUAUUGCUGGCAAAAUCAAAAAGCAACCUUAAGAAGAAGAUGAAGAUGUUCUCGAAUUUUUAGUUGGGAUUACAAAUAGAAAUAGAUUUAGAUACAGGGAAGAUAUAGACUAGACUAGUUGCUCACUUCUAAGUAAUUACUGGGAGUAAGGUGCUUGGCACUACUACUGCCGCAACCGUUCUCUGAAGAUAGUAUCAUGGUCGUCAGCCAUUUGCAUUUCUCGACGUAGUUUUCUCUUCUAAAAACCAGCAAAAGGUCCAUGGAUGUGAAAAGCAAGCGCAACACACCCGUACUAGUACCAAGAACAAGAACGCUGCCACCGUCUCAAAAAAGAACAACAAGAACAUCAUCGAUUUACGGCUUCAGAAAUUAUAGUUUUCUGAUGAAAAAUAGAUUCGUUUCGUCCUAUAUUAUUAGAACUGUGGAAGACGAGCAGCAGCAGUAGCUACUCUUGAGUUGUUGAAGAGUAGCUACUGCUCGUCGUCCACAGUUCCUUGUGGAGGAGCUACGGAGUCAGCUGUUUCUCGAACAAGCGAAAAAAGAUGCAAGAUGAAGGCGAAGAAGUAAAAAGUGGCGGAGAUGCAGCCUCUAAUUAAAAGAUCUUACACCCCACGAGUGGGCACAUCUAUCUAUCUAUCUACUAGCUUAUCUUCGCUCAAAAUUAAGAUUUUUCUCUUCUAACCUCCGAUUUGAAACUGGACAAGCAUUUGUCUGGUGUCGAAGACCUGAUGGAGAUGGAUUUGUUUACGAGUACAGGUGGGGAAAAAUCCAUCCAAAGCCCAGGAUUUCAGUAUCCUUUUUAUUAUGUCCGGGCUAUUAGUACUAUUUUCACCGGCACGACCGCACUACUAGUAAUCAUUAGCAUUACCUCCAUAAGGGAAUCGUUGCUCACUAGGAUUUCCUUUGCUCCCACCAAAAACAUCAAGGCGUCAAUCUAAAGCUAGAUGAAGUCAAAAUUUAGGGAAAAUUAGGGGAUAUUAUGGCUCCCUAGUUUUCCCUAUGUGGGUUUAACUUUAAGCGUGUCCGUUUGUUUCUAAAUAGCAAGAAAAGCUGAUUCUCAUCUAAUCCUCCGGUCCCCAAGCUUUCAACGAUGCAGCAACAAAUCCGUGGAAACCAGGGACGAUAGAUAAGACUGGAGUAGCAGCAGACCUUCAUCCAACGGCUCCUUUGGAUAAAACUGUGUCGGUAGAACUUACCAGUCAUCAAUGUCGUCAGUUCUUAUCUUUAGUUUUGGAUAGAGUUCGUGAUGUCGUGAAGAUUGUGUCUGUGCUACUGCUAGUAGUCCUAGUUGUACUUGUAGUAGUAGUACGAAGAACUUAUCGUUUUGUUCGUGCUGGUGCUUGAAAGUCUUCUCCAGCUCCUGAACCUGACAACUACUUUUUACAACUUCUCUGUUCUUUAUUCCACUCCACUCUCAACACGACCAGAUUCCUUCAGCGAUCGACGUGUUACGGCCAAAUGAGCAUCCUCAUACGUUUCCUCGUGAAAAUGGGAAAGAUGUAUGUCGUAGCACUAUGGAAACGAAGUUAGAUGACCGAACGAUCAUAGCUAAGAACGAUAUCCUGCGAAAGGAUGGCCCUGGACUUGGAGCGGCAGGAGUCAGAAAACUGAAAGGGAUCGAUUCGGUAAGUCCUUUGAUUGGACUUUGUCUCAAGAAUUACAAUCAUCAUCUUCUCUCGAGCGUCAAUUUCUCUUAGCAACCACCAGGUCCUCACUUCGACUUCCACCACAAUCAGCAUCAUCAUCAUCAUCAUCAUCAUCCUCUACCGAUCACUACAACCUCUGAAUCACAAUCUUUAAUAUCUACUACCGAAGACUUUUAUCUACUAGACUGAAGACUUCCCUUCAAAGAACAGGUCACUUCCAAUUACCCGUUGAAAUCUCCAUUCGAUGGUUCUGCUGAAGCGGCAGCUGCCGAUCAAGUGGACAAAGAAUACUCUCGCUUUUUCGACCAGCUGCAUGAUGACGAUAUGAUAUGAGAAAGAAAGAACUAGAAGUAACCCCCCUCCCCAGGAAAAAGGUAGCAGGGAUCCUUUUGGCUGAGCUUUGUUCUAAACUAGAAGUAACCCCCCUCCCCUAAACUAGAAGUAACCCCCCUCCCCUAAACUAGAAGUAGCCCCUAUAGUACCUGACGAAUAGGUAAAUGAAUCAAUCAAUCAAUUGUAGUAAGAGUCAGUACCUCAACAAGAAGGAGAAAAAGAUCGCUUUCGUUGUGCUUACAUUACGUAUUAACUUUAACCUACUAUAACUGCAUGAUGACGAUAUGAAAAAGAAAUCCAAAAAAAACUCCUUUUCGUCUGCUCCAAACCCAACAAACGCAAUUCCCUCUCGUCCCUCUUCAUACCCCAAAAGCGCCGUCAAGCCGCCCAAGAUCGAGUGGCUGCUUUUAAGACGGCAGACGGCGACUCAGAUCAGAUGAUUUCCUGGAACGAAUUUCAGAAUGUGGUGCAGACAAACAAAGGCAAAUCGGCAGAUGAGACCCAAGAACUCUGGAAUCUACACAAGAACCCUGGAGGGGAGACUAUGUAUCUAUCCCUCCUAAUUUGUUACUGUUUCUUGUCAGAGAAGAAGUAAGUUCUAAAGUACCACACCAGCAUUGAACUACAACAUUGAACUACUUUUUACACCUUUCGUUCUUCUUUUUUUCCACCUUCUCAUAACGAGAACGAAAACUGAUACCAGGCCUCCCGCUGCCUACCAAAAACUAGUCGGUGCUGGUUUUGACACCGAUCUACAUCGUAGGACGCGAACGGACGUUAUUUCCCACGUCUCCUUGUUACGGCUGCAGCCCAACUAACAUCUUGUUCCCCAACUAAAAAUAUCUUCGAGUGUGGUUUCUCUUGUUAGUGAAAAGAAGCAUCAAAAUACUACGCGGGUGGUCAACCCCUAUCACCCACGCGUCCUCCUUGGGGCGAUCUGCUAAAGCUUGCGGCCCCACCAAGUGUGGAGGCGGAGCAUCCUAUCCUAUCCUAUCCUAUCCUAUCCUAUCCUAGCGGCAUCCUAUCCUAUCCUAUCCUAUAAAUACUCCUGCAGAUGGUGGAUUUCUCUUAGAAAAGAAGCAUCAAAAUGCUCCUGCAGAAGGUGGAUUUCAUCUCUUUGUUCUAAGCUUGGCUUGCCCUGUUCCUGUGGGUAGCUGGGGCGCACUCAGUCUUUGCCCUCAGGGUGGCGCGGUGACGAAAGCAAGAAUCCAGCUCUUCGGAACGAGUGAAAAUGCUGACAAUUCGGGGAUUAACAUUAUGGCCUGUAUCUUCGCUGUUGGAGUGGUAGAAGACUCAAGUCUCUAAGUUCUCGACACUUCCUUGUCCCUCAAACUUACCGGAACCAGUUAUAAUGUGGCUGUAGUUCAUCAUGAUGUUAACGACAAUCACAAGAAAAAGCCUCGGUGUUCGUCGCUGACUUUACUCAGGUCGCGUAUACACCCUCGGAAUCAAGCCAGGUGCCGGGGGGCCUUGAUGUGCAGGAUUCACAACCUAACCUGACCUAGGCUCAAGCCUCUAAGUUCUCGGCACUUGUCUCUCAAACUUACCAGAACCAGUUAAUGUGGCUGUUCAUCAUGAUGUUCACGACAAUCACAUCUAUCAUACCUAUACGAGUCCCAAAAGCUUUAGAUUUCCUUCAAGUCCCUCCACCUAGUGCAAACUGACCACCUCACUGCUUCUUUACAAAUAUAUAACAUCUGUUCCUUUUCCUCUUCUAACGUCUUCAUCGAACUUGGCUGUAAAAAAUAGAACAUCUGUUCCUUUUCGUAGUUCCUCUUCUAACGUCUCCAUCGAACUUGGCUGUAACGAUGCAGAUGGCACGCUUCUACAGAGUGCUAGUGGCAAAGAAGGCGUCUGGUCUGAAUGGAACACCUGUCCUGCUGGGAUGGUUGUGAGUGUUAUGGUCGUCUUGAAUCUUGAAGUUCGUUCAACUCAGAGGAUUCUUUGAGGGUGAACUCUUAUUGAGGACUGCCUCAUUAUUUUGCUCGUGAUGGCGGAUACUCGAUCUUCACAACUUUGUGGUCCUUCAUCAUCAUCUUUACAUAAUUUAGCACCAAGACCAACGCAACUACCUUUAACACCCUAACUACCUUUCAAAAAAAACCUUUCUAAUCUCCGUUUCCGUGGUCGCAAUAUGAUUUAUUCGCCUCAUGUCGCGGACAAUUCUGCCCUAAACGACGUGGGGCUGAUCUGUAGGAGUCAGCUGGACGCGAGCAUGACGAUAGAAAUGCGAUUCGGGGAGAAGCCGGAAGGAAGUUCGGUGCAAUUUAUGGCUUAAGGAGACAAAGGUUUUUUGAGGGUUUAGAUGCAAGUUUUUUUCCCAUCUAGGAAGAUAUGGCUUUUUUACCUAUACCUAAAUUAUAUUAAAGAGGAGGUUUGCCGUACUACUUAUCGCUUUGGCCUCCGGGUACAAGUUGUAGAUCUAAUCCCCACGCCCCCUUCGCUUCCGGCGAAGAAGUGCCACAAGUCUCUGAAGGAGGGUGGUCGAAUCAGAGUUUGUGUCGCUCAGUCGCUGCAACGAACGAAUUCGCCGAAGGCGCUAGUAAGGGACCGCACGAAGCGAUUUUAUGAAUAAGUUCGAUGACUCUUUUGUUUAUCAUUGGAGUCGAUUCAUCUUAAAUUGUUCUACUCGAGAGAAAAUGAAUACACUCAUAAGCAGAACUCUGAUGCUAGUGCUUGUUCGUUGUGCACUGUAACCUCCUCUUGUCCUCCCAUUUCCUUUUUCAUACUCCUGCGGCGUCCAGACUCGUGUUGGCUCUCUAGAAGCUGACAACCUAGGCGUGACCGAUGUGCGGUUUUACUGUUGUGACCUGCUGAAGAGGGUCAACGUUGGCUUCCUGGUUGGUACGAAGAUAACAACAGGUGGAACCGCUGGUGCGAGAUAGAUUUUGCACUUGAAAAUACGAAGGAGGUUGUAGCGUUAAUAAUGUGUGGAGAAAGAUGAAAAGUGCUGGAAGAUGAAGUGGAUUAGCGUUAGAACUAGUAGAACCAGAACAACUAGAAGGUUCUUCAGGAUGAAGAACAUUAGAACAAGAGAUUUUUAGAUCCUCUUGGGAAAGACGAAAGGGAUGAAGGGAAGGGGGUCCGAAAUAGAAAUGGGUGAUAUUCCCUUUGGGCAAUAUUCAUGUCUUGUCGAAGAAGCCAGUCACGUUUUGAGCAUUAUAACAUGUCAUUGUAUAGCAUGCAUAGCAGUAGUACUAACUAGUCAUUUUUGGACUCAUGAUCUGUCGUUCUCGACGUUGGCGGGUGAAAAAUGUAGCCUUUUUUCUCCACGACUUCUGAGUGAAAUAAACUAAGAUGAUCGAAUUAAAAUUUCGACGUUGUUCUGACUCCGAC